UCUCUUCUGUCAUUCAUUUUAGAGCCUUUUUGAGCUUCUUUGCCGUCUCUCUGAAAACUGACACUUUACUUAGAUGGGCUAUACUUACACUUCACUUGAUAAUGUAUCUUUAGAGACUGCAACAUGCUUUAAUUGGCAAUCCCAAAUUUAUGUCUCGCCUUUGUGCUUGUAACACAAUCAUGUUAAGCAAAAAGCCAAUGGACUUGGUUGAAGUUUAAUGUGUCAGCAGCAAGUAUGAUCACUGGUGUCAAAGUUGGCGGCAAUUGAAAUGAUCAUUGGUGUCUAAGUUGGUGACAAUUGUAAUUAAGAAGGGGAUCUUGCACUCUGAAUUUUCUGUGUAUUACGUCAAUAUGCCUCCAUGGUGGGGAAAGUCUUCAUCCAAAGAAAAGAAAAAGAAAGCAAGCAAGGAGAGUUUAAUUGAUGCUAAUAAUCGUAAGCUUAAGAUCACAUCUGAUGGAAAAUCCACUAGCAGAUCAGGGGGUUCUCGAAGGAGCUGUGCUGUUUUGGAAAGGGGAUCUCUCUCUCGAGUCCCGUCACGAUCACCAUCACCCUCUGUGCAAGUAUCACGCUGUCAAAGUUUUUCUGAAAGGCCUCAUGCCCAACCACUUCCUCUUCCUGCAGGGCAUCAUGCUAAUGUUUUACGAGUCAAUUCUGGAAUUAGUGCAUCAAUAAGACCAGGAAUCGAAAGAGGUUCUAAGCCAUUACUGUUUUUACCCUUGCCAAAACCUGUGGAAUUUCCUAAGAAACUGGAUCGUGCUGAUGCUGAGGGAGAUUUUGCUACUGCUUCGGUUUCUAGUGAUAGUUCUAUUGAUAGUGAUGACCCAUCUGAUUCCCGUAGCGCCCUGACUUCUGAUUAUGAGAAUGGACAAAGGACUGCAGUGAACAGUCCAUCUGGCACAAAGCACAUGGAUCAGUUGCUUGAUGUCAAUCAGCAGGACUCCAAGGAGAUACUGAAACCAGCUAAUGUAUUAUUUAAUAAUCAGUACCUAUACCCAUCACCUAAGCGAGGACUGGCGAACAGUCAUGUGCUGAAUUUACAGAUUCCUCAACGUGGUGCUUUCUCUAGUGCUCCGGACAGCUCAAUGUCAAGUCCUUCAAGAAGUCCAAUUAGAGCAUUUGGUCUUGAGCAAGUUUGGAACUCUGGUCAUGGCAUUGGAAAGCCUUUCUCUGAUAUAGUUUUCCUGGGAUCUGGACACUGCUCUAGUCCAGGUUCAGGCCAUAAUUCUGUGGGUGGAGAUAUGUCUGGACAGUUGCUUUGGCCACAAAGCAGGUGUAGCCCUGAGUGUUCUCCUAUACCUAGUCCCAGAAUGACAAGCCCUGGUCCCAGCUCUAGAAUACACAGUGGUGCUGUCACCCCUUUGCAUCCACGAACAGCAGGGGCUGCCACUGAGUCACCUACAAGCCGACCCGAUGAUGGGAAACAGAAAAGCCAUAGGUUGCCUCUACCCCCAAUAACAAUAUCUAACACUUGUCCUUUUUCUCCUGGGUAUUCUGCAGCAACAUCUCCAUCGUUACCCCGAAGUCCUGGUAGGGCAGAAAACCCAACAAGCCCUUGCUUCCGCUGGAAGAAAGGACGAUUGCUCGGGAGGGGUACAUUUGGACAUGUCUAUCUUGGUUUUAACAGUGAAAGCGGGGAGAUGUGUGCAAUGAAGGAAGUUACCUUGUUUUCUGAUGAUGCCAAAUCAAAGGAAAGUGUACAGCAGUUGGGACAGGAAAUUAUGCUGCUUAGCCACUUACGGCAUUCAAAUAUUGUGCAAUAUUAUGGAUAUGAAACUGUAGAUGAUAAACUUUACAUAUACUUGGAGUACGUUUCUGGUGGCUCCAUCUAUAAACUUCUUCAAGAGUAUGGCCCUUUUGGUGAAAGUGCCAUUCGAAAUUAUACUCAACAAAUUUUGUCUGGAUUGGCUUACUUGCAUGCUAAAAAAACUGUUCAUAGAGACAUAAAAGGUGCAAAUAUACUGGUUGACCCCAAUGGACGUGUGAAACUGGCUGAUUUUGGGAUGGCAAAGCACAUUACAGGGUCGUCUUGUCCACUAUCGUUCAAAGGAAGCCCCUAUUGGAUGGCACCUGAGGUUAUAAAGAACUCAAAUGGAUGCAACUUAGCUGUUGAUAUAUGGAGCCUUGGGUGCACUGUGUUGGAGAUGGCUACCACAAAACCACCUUGGAGCCAUUAUGAAGGGGUUGCUGCAAUGUUCAAAAUUGGCAACAGUAAAGAACUUCCAACAAUUCCGGAUAGUCUUUCGAAUGAGGGAAAGGACUUUGUGAGGCAGUGUUUACAAAGGAAUCCAUUACAUCGCCCUACAGCAACUUGGCUUCUAGAGCAUCCUUUUGUGAAAAAUGUGAUGCCGCUGGAGAGACCCAUUUUCAGUGCUGAUGCAUCAGAUCCAUCACAUGCAGUUACAAAUGCAAUGAAAACACUGGGAAUAGGAAAUGCUAGAAAUUUUCCAUACAUAGAUUCAGAGGGUGCGGCUGGCCUUCCAUGCAGAGCUUUAAAAACAGUAUCAGGAUCCAGUGAUGUUCAUACACCAAGGAACAUGUCAUGCCCAGUUUCUCCCAGUGGCAGCCCUCUACUACAUGCAAGGUCUCCACAAAAUUUUAGGGGAAGGAUGUCCCCCUCUCCUAUAUCUAGCCCUCAUGCUCUCUCUGUUUCAUCCACUCCUGUGACAGGUGGUAGUGGUGCCAUUCCAUUUCAUCACCAAAAACAACCAAUUACCUACUUGCAUGAAGGUAUUGGAAUAAUCCCAAGGUCCCAAAAUAAUUUGUAUACAAAUGCUAGCAACCCUUAUCAAGAACCCAAGCCUGACAUGUUUCGAGGGAUUUCACAACUACAAGAUUCUAAUGCUUCUCAAGAAAUGAUUUCAUCAGAUACCGGAGCUUUUGGAAAACAGUAUGGAUGGCCUGGGCAUGGGGAUCAUAGGGAAUUCUAUGAUGGACAGCCAGUCCUGGCUGAUCAUGUGUCUCAGCAACUUUUGAGGGACCAUUUGAAGUUGAAACCAUCUCUGGACCUUAAUCGAGGUCCAUCAAUGCCAGGCUGUAAUGGAAGAAUCUAGUUUGCUCCAGAAAUCUGUCAGGGAAGGGCCUCCAGGCAAUUUACAUGCUUUUCGGUGCUAGGGGUGAUUUAUUUCCUAAAAAUUUGGUUACAUGUUCAAAUUUCCUCGGAGAUAAUACAUGCUUUUCGGUGCUGGGGAAUGGAUAUUAACUGCAUUCAAAACAUUGCCAAUGGUGUCGAAGACUCUUUUGGUACGUGUUUCACCAUCAUAGUAGGCAAUCUAUUGUCAUUUGAGAGUAGACCGCGAAGUAAGUUCAAAACCAAACUCUCCUCUAGAGAUCGACCUAAGCAGUUUCAACGAAGAUCGUCUGCUAGUGUAAACUGUACAUUUAUUACACCCAAGGAACACAGAGAGAGCUUUUCAUUUGCAAUUUUUCCCUCUACAUUUUUUACAGGUUGAUGAACAGUGGUUGGGGAUUAAAGUUUUUGUACAGAAGGUGGGGGAACAAAAACCCAAUACUAGGCUUUUGUCAAGACUUGUGGAAAUUAGCUGAGACUGGCCUUUGUAAUUUUAGCUUUCUA